AUGCAGUCCAUGCCAUUGCUGCUCAGGCAGUCAAUCCGGUCCAGCUUCCAGGGUCUUAGCCGCACUACUACUACUACUACCACCUCCUCCCGCCCGGUGCGAAGACCGCUGCUACGACUACUGCCCGCCGGUGUCGUCCCGCAGGCUCUUUGUCCUGGCCGAGAGACAAAAACACCCCGGAGCUUCUCGACCUGCCUGCAACGCCAAUUCCGGACGCAAACCUCGGUGUACUCGUCGAAUGAAUCGGAGAAGAAGCAAGACGUGAUUAUCCUGGGAGCCCCUCCCACCAAAGACACCCCGGCACCGUCACCGCCGCCGCCAUCAGCUAUCCCUGAACAGAACCCACAUGUUGAGUCGGAUGCGGGGAGAGACAGUCCCGCCGCCGCCGCCGCCGCCGCUGCUGCUCCUACAGAAGAACAGACGUCAACCACCGCUGGGCCCGAAGCAGCGGAGCGAGAGGGAAAGAAACAGGAAGACCAUGCUGGCGCAGACGCCGCGGGAUCUGGGUCGCAGCCCGGGGGUCUCCCAUCCUACCUGGAGAACCGACGGUCGCAAUUCGCCAAACAGUUCAGCGUCGUGAUGGACAACCUCCAAUCGAACAUCUUCGUGGCCGGGCAGCGACUGAACGACCUGACGGGCUACUCCGCGAUUGAGGCAUUGAAGAAGGACAUCCAAUUCCAAGAGGAACGACUUCGAGCCGCCCGCCUGCAAGUCCGCACCGCCAAGGACGCCUACGCCGCCGCCAUCAAUAACCGAUCGACCUCGCAGCGCGAGGUCAACGAGCUCCUGCAGCGCAAGCACGCCUGGUCGGCCGCCGACCUGGAGCGGUUCACCCACCUGUACCGCAACGACCACACCAACGAAGUGGCCGAGAACGAAGCGCAGCAGGCCCUGACCGCGGCGGAGCACGAGGCCGAGGAGGCCGCCGCCCAGCUGAACAAGAGCAUCUUGUCGCGCUACCACGAGGAGCAGGUCUGGUCGGACAAGAUCCGCCGCAUGAGCACCUGGGGCACCUGGGGCCUGAUGGGGGUCAACGUGCUCCUGUUCCUGAUCUUCCAGAUCGCCGUGGAACCCUGGCGCCGCAAGCGGCUGGUCAAGGGCUUCGAGGAGAAGGUCAUCGAGGCCAUCGAGAAGGAAAAGACCCUGAACCAGGCGCAGAUCCUGAACCUGCAGACCGAAUUCUCCCAGCAGAUGGCAUCCGCCUCGGCCAGCAGGGCGGAAUCCGAGCCUGUUGCUGCUGCUGCUGCUGCUGACCCCGUAGCAACCUCAGCAGGUGCCUCAACAACAGAGGAGGCCACCGCCGCCAUCGCCGCCAGCGAAGCUAUCCCGAACGAGCAAGAGACCAACCCAGCCCUCCCGGCGUCCGCUCCGGUACUGCCCGAGACCGAAACCCAGGCCGCACCUCCCGUCUCAAACAACAACACCACCAACAACAAACUACAAAAUGUCCUCCAGACCUGCAAAACCCACUACUCCCGCAUCCCUCCCUACGCAACCCUCAUCGAAUCCUCGCGCCGCUAUCUCCGAGACCUUUUCAGUGAUCGCCAGAUCACCAUGACCCAGCGGGAUCACUCUGUCCUUGCCAUCCAGAGCGCUGCCGCUGGUGCAGCUGUCAUCGGGCUGCUAGCGUUCUUCAUUCGUCCACAGUGA